UUCUAUGUUUUGAACACAUCACACCUCAUAGAAAUAAUAUUAAUAUUCAUUAAGGUUUAUGGGCUUAUUUAAGCGACACAAAUUGUGAACAACACAACUUGAGUUCAAAUUUUUUGGCCGUUUCUUUUCUGUUUAAAACAAUUGUGUAUCGUAAUUUUAAGUGUAAUUUCAUUGAAAAAUGUCAUCUGCAGAACAAAAAAAGCAACUGCUUUCGCAAAAACUGUUUAGAAAUUUAAAAAGUAAGCAAAAAUCCACAAGCAAAUCAAACGAUGACAAAUGUACGUCUACAUCAACUGCCAAGAAGCCAAAAAUUCCAACGCCCGAAGAAAAAGAAACGGAUUUAACAAAACGUGCUAUUGAAGAAAUAAAUCGAGACACUCAGAAAGCAGCAAAAUUGGCUGAUGAAAUCGGACCAAGCGGUUGGCGUAUUAAAUCAACACGGAUGAAUAAACGAUUUCUUGCAAAUACGAUGCGCUCGGUGUUGAAUCACAAUGAACGGACGAAAGCGAAACAUGAGACGGAGUCCAAGCGAAAAUUUGAACAGCUCACAAAUCGUCCGCCAAAAUUUGGAGCACGAGUACAUUCAUUUCAAUCGUCCGAAGAACGAAUAACCAAAUCCAAAUCCACAACAUGAAAAAUUUCAAUGCAAGCAUUGGCUGUGAUAGUUCACAUAUCUAUUUAAGUUUUUAUGUUGUUU